AUGAGGCCUGAGAACCAGAGCACCGUGUCUGAAUUCCUCCUCCUGGGGCUCCCCGUCCGGCCGGAGCAACAGGGCAUGUUCUUCUCCCUGUUCCUGGGCAUGUACCUGACCACGGUGCUGGGGAACCUGCUCAUCAUCCUGCUCGUCAGGCUGGACCCUCGCCUCCACACCCCCAUGUACUUCUUCCUCAGCCACUUGGCCUUCUCUGAUGUCUCUUUCUCAUCUGUCAUCGUCCCAAAGAUGUUGAUGGACAUGCAGGCUAGUGACAAAUCCAUCCCCUAUGAGAGGUGCAUUUCACAGAUGUAUUUUUACAUACUUUUUGUUUGCUUGGAUGAUUUCCUUCUUGCAUUGAUGGCAUAUGACAGGUUUGUGGCCAUCUGUCAUCCCCUCCACUAUAUCACCAUCAUGAGGGAGGAGCUGUGUUUCUUAUUGGUGGUUGGGUCUUGGUUCCUCUCUAGUGUCCAUGCCCUGUUGCAUACCCUUCUCCUGUCCCACUUGUCCUUCUGUACUGACAACAAUAUCCCAAACUUCUUCUGUGAUCUCACUGCCCUCCUGAAGCUUACCUGUUCAGACACUUGCCUCAAUGAACUAGUUGUCUUAAUUGAGGGGGUGGGGGGGGCGCUGAUUGUCCUCUUGACACUGAGUGCUAUUUUUGGCUCUUAUGUUAGCAUUGGGGCCACCGUCCUGAAGGUUCCUUCCACCAAGAGGAUCUGCAAAGCCUUGUCCACCUGUGGUUCCCAUCUCUUUGUGGUGUUUCUGUACUAUGGAACUGUUGCAAUUAUUUACUUCUUUCCUGCAUCAAACAAUUCCAAAGUCAAGGACAUAAUUGCUUCAGUUAUGUACACGGUGGUGAUCCCCAUGCUGAACCCAUUCAUCUACUGCCCGAGAAACAGAGACAUAAAAUUGGCUCUGAGAAUACUUUACAGAAGGAGGAUUUUUUUAUCCUUCCUAGGUUCCUGA